GACAACUCGGAUCGGAAGUCGGCCUAGGAUGCCGGCGUACUCGCGGACUUCGGCAUGGGCUUUAGCUACUUUGGAGUUUCUUUGCAGGAGGAGACAGCCCGUUCUCCGCUUCAGCAAAGAACCACAGCACUCCCGCUCUGUUAGCACUCUACCCAGAAACACACCAGAACAGCCGUUGACUCCCUCGGUUGUGCGACCUGUCGUUGGCUCCUGGUUCGGUUCGGUUUGGAGCUUUCAGGGGUCCAGAAACAUCAGCAUGUCGUCCGCAGCGAUGUCCCAGAGAAUGGUGUGGGUGGACCUGGAGAUGACAGGUCUGGACAUUGAGAAGGACAAGAUCAUUGAAAUGGCGUGUAUUAUCACAGACUCUGACUUGAAUGUUUUAGCUGAGGGACCAAACUUGAUAAUAAACCAGCCGGAUGAGCUGUUAGAUGGCAUGUCAGACUGGUGUAAAGAGCAUCACGGAAAGUCAGGGCUAACCCAGGCUGUACGGGACAGUAAAAUCACUCUGGAACAAGCAGAAUACGAGUUCCUGUCCUUCGUCCGACAGCACACGCCUCCCGGACAGUGCCCCCUCGCUGGAAACUCUGUGCAUGCAGACAAGAGGUUUCUGGACAAAUACAUGCCACAGUUUAUGUACCACCUCCACUACAGAAUCAUUGAUGUAAGCACCAUCAAGGAGCUUUGCAGACGGUGGUUUCCAGAGGAGUAUAAGAUGGUUCCUCAUAAGAAAGCAGCUCACAGAGCGUUGGACGACAUUCGGGAGAGUAUUGGAGAGCUGCAGUACUACAGAGCCAACGUCUUCAAAGCCUCGACAGAGAAGAAACGCAAGAUUAUGGAGAACAGAGACAACAAUAAGAGUUUGUUUAAAUGAGCGGAUCUUUGGUGUUGUGUAGCUCCGACAGUUUCUCCCCCUCCCCCCCAGAGGAAACCACCUUCUUCAUUUACUGUGAUUUUUGCCAUUGUCUUUGCUGAUUUUACUUUCUUUCAUCUAGAGCUCCAUAAAGGCCCUGUUUUGCAUUGUUCCAAAGUUUUAUGUGAAAGUUUCUUUAAAGGGAGCAAAAACUAUAGGAAAAGUUAAUGAAGAAAAAAAAAAAAAGUUUUUCAAAGUUUAAAAGAGGAGAAUCUCAAAAAUUACCGUUUGUCACUUUGCAGUUUUGUAUUUAUUUUACACAUCUUUUGCUGGGAUUGAGUUUUUGAUUUCCCCUAGUUUUUAAAAUGAAACCAAAUAAACUCAGUGGUCCCCUGAGGAAACAGU